GAUGAUGCGAAAUCGUACACAAAAUAAUGCUAGUGCUAGUGAUAAUGCUUUUCCACAAUUCAUCCCUUAAAACGCGACAUAAUGUUUAAACAAACACAAGUUUAAUCGAUUCUAGAUAAUUACGGUGCCAUUUGCAAAUAAACAUCUGUUGUUUUGUAAUUCAACAAACAAUGAAUGAAAUGAGCGAAACACUACUAAAUACCGAAACGGACAUGUAACUAACAACUAACAGCAGAAAAAAAAUGCAAAAAACGAACAAAAUGAAGCAAAACAAAAAAAAAACAAAAAAACCACACUUUAGAAAGAUCGUUCAGAUGGCGGGAAAACAACCAAGUGAGCUACUAAACGCAGUCGAUACUUAAAUAGUGAAAUGCGCAAAUUGAAGAACCUCUAACUUGAUUUAAGGCGAAUUCAAUCGAAAGACACAAUCAUUUUAUAAUCAAAACAAUACAAAAGAAAAAACAUGUGUAACCUAAAGAGAGACGCAGAAAAUAGUAACAAAGCGAAAAAAAAACUCUUGUGCAUUAAAAACGAAAAUAACAAGCAAACGAACGGAGUAUAAAACAUUGCAUAAAAACCAACAGCAACACACAUACACACAAACCAUUAACAACACGAAAUAAAUCCGACGAGCUAUGUUAGAAAAUGCGUAUAGCCAACGUAAGAACGAAAACACAAACAAACAAAAGAAGCCAGUCUUGAAUCCCAGUAGCCCAGAAAAUCGAGAACAAAUAUCUCCUAGCGAGCGUUACAUUGACAACAAACGAUAGAUAGUUGAUCAUACGAAGAAAUCAUUCUAACUGUUUGCUCUUGAUCUCCCCCAUUUUACCUAGAACCUCCCCGCGGGUCCGGCCAGUAAUGGUGGGAUGUUUGUUUUAGAAGUCCUUCGCUAGUAUCGGUGUUUUGCCAGCAAUAAUGUGCAUUAGUGUGGAUUCCGUUAUUGUCAUUCUUAGUAUCAUCAGCUACUACGCCUUUUCCUAGUGCGUUUUUUGUCAUUGAUUGUUAAGGCAUAAAUUGUUACGACUUGAUGUAUAAUAAGGCUACACAGGGUGCUUUAGAAAAUCGGUUUAAUGACUGUUUGUUGCGUGUGCAUUUAAUUUAAGGACAGCGUGUCUAAAACCAAAAAAAAACUAACCAAAAAAAAAAAAAACAAAAACAGCAGACGAAGACGAAACGUAAAAAAUAGAAACAACCGAUCUCUUCCCAUUCCCAUUCUCAACCCUGUUCUCAAACCAACCCCAGUCCAAUCAAUACGCGAUGAAAGUUUGGUUCUGUUUUUGAAUCAAACACACGCGCGCGAACAAACACACACUCUCAGAAGCGUACUGGAAGUAUCACUAUAUAGGCUAUUACAAGGUAGUUGUUAGUAUAUCGGCGGCAACACACGCGACUGUGGCAAACGAUUUGUGGCUCGGAUGCUCCGAUCGGAGUUCGUUUUCCCCCUUCAGUGAGUAUUGGUAGUUGUCUAUAUUUGCAUUCCUGCACUUGCAUGUUUGAACUCUGUGUGUACAUAGAACUGAUAAGCGAGCUUUUUUCGUUCUUACGAACCAUCAACUGCUGAAACCAGGUGAAUAUUAGUCAAUCAUGUGCUACUGUUAACUUUACCGAAACUUUGUACGCUGUUACGUGACGCUAGAAGCGCUGUCGCAUGGAGUCGCAUGCAUUCCUAUCUCUCUCUCUCUACUACGAGACGUAUGUUUACAUCCAGCGGAUUUGGGUGUUGUAAGAAAAAGCUCUUGUCCUGAUAAAUGGAAAUGAUUUCCUUGGCUUUCUGUUCCUUUACCUUUUUUUCUCCUAGUUAUUGGUCUCGUUCUGUAGUACCAACUUUAUUACUGCUCAAUAUGCAAUCACAAACAUGCUAGGGAUUGGAGUGACUUCCGUCACAAUCGGAAGUGUAAUGCCGAACUGUGAGCGUGUGGGGCAUAUGUUUUUUUUUUCCUGUGGGAAUUGUUUUGUCCUGCCUUACGAUGUAAGAUGGCCUUCAAACGCUAGUUCACAAAGAAAAACAACCCGCUUUCAAUGUCUAUGCCGAAUAGAGAUACAUUACAUUUAGAUUGUAUCCGGAGAAAAGAGGGCAAAUUCAUUCUCUCACGCAGUGAACUUAAUGCGAAGAAAAAAAAAUGGAAACAUUUGCUCACAAUCCUACGCAAAAAAAACACACACACACACACUACUAUAUCAAAUCGUUAUCGCACUGAACACUCUUUCCAAUCGUACACAGUCUCACGUCUAGUUCUUCUAGUAUGAGAAAGUCCUUUACACAAGAGACGCCUCUAGAAAAGCAUGCUGUAGUGCCACAUUUGCCGUGCCGUGACGCAUAAUGAAACAUUAGCCAUCGUACUCAUAUAAAGGUAAAAAUGAAGAGAAAAACGAAACAAAAAAAAAGAUACAUCAUUAACUCACCCAUCCACACGCACAGCUGUUACACUAUGUCUAUGUCUUGCAUAUUUGACCUAAUUAGAUAGCGCCUUAGAAAAGAAAUCGAACGAAAACGAAUGAUCGAUAGCUGAGGGUCGACAGUGAGGAAUACGGUAGUAGCAAUUGUUCAGCUGUUAGGACGAAGCGAACGCGCGAAGAAGCUUCUUUCAUCAAACAAAAAAAAAAGGAAUCAACGAUGAUUUAACUGUUAUGCAAUUUUUUGUAAUGUCUACUACUUCAGUUAACGCUUCCAUCGUUGAUUCACGAGUAGUAGUGUACUUUUUACGUAGAUCACUUUCACAGCAAAACAGCAGCAGUAACCGUACUUGCAAAAACACUGCGUUACGAAGCGUUACAUUGAACGCGUAACAUUGAAAACGAUCGACAUGAAAUAAAUACUGUGUUCAAAUGCACUGACUUCACGAACUAUAAUGCUAAAUCUCUGGACAUGUCUGUUUGUAUCAAAAUACUGGACGAAGUGAAGCAUCCAACUGUGUGACAAAUAAACCAAAAAAAAAAUUCCCACACUCCAACACAGAAGCGAAUAGCUGUAAAACGAUCGAAGCUGUAACUGCAAAAAAACCGGAACUAAAUGCUAAAGCGAGCCCCAACAUGUUUUGGGGCCUGGUCCGCAAGGGUAACUAGCAACUAACUAACCGGGAUAAACAAUGAAAUACACAACAGACAGCAGCAGCAGGAGCAGCAUGUCGUAUUGAGCGUAGUGCGGCGAGAGAUUUAUACUUCUAGACUAGUGUAAUUAAUUUCAUACAAAAUAUAUACAUACUGCUAAAGAGGAAGAAGUGAAGGGCAAGGGAAGGAGAAGAUUAAAAUAUCGAAUUCAUCCAGCCCAUUGGCCAGCAGAGGCAAGCUGUAGUGCGAUAAUUAGAGAAACCAUCAACAAGUAUGUGAAGCUAAUGCAUGAUACACAAAACGCUACAUUGAAUCGAAAUAGUCGUUAUAUUUUCUAAGUGUAUUGAGAUGUAAGAUACAAAACACUUUGCUGCCCUUUUGUUCGGAUGAUAGUUAUCAGUUUCGAACCAUUUUUUGUUUUGUUUAUUUGAUCGCGAUCAUUUCCAUAUGAUAGCCACUAAAGGAAACCGCGCGAACUGAGGAUCGAAUGUGUGUGGGUGUGUGUGUGCGUGUGCAUGUGUGUAUGUGUGCGUGUGUGAUGCCGCAACAACCAAUCAAUUCGAAAUGCAAUAGAGUUAACUGCUAGAGCGAUGGAACAUAACAUUAAACAUAAAGUUAACUGAACGAAUGGCAAAGGCCAUUGAUGAGCGCCACCAUCAUGACAUCAACAGCAACAAUACUACAAAAGAUGUAGGAAAAGGGAGUCAGAACACACUAGCCAGUAUUUAACAGAAUUUAACAUACGAGCUACUAAACUCGUUUGCUGUGCAGUGCGGCACACACGCAAAUAGUGACCAUGAGAACAUGGUGAGCAAAUGUGAGCAAAUGUGAGAAUGUAUGUAUGCGAGGAUGCGUGAAUGUUCAAAUCGUCAAGGGUAGAAUCCUUUUUUUAUAGAUUUUUCAAAAAACUGACAAAAAAGCAUACAAAAAUAACUACUUCAGCUAGUGUAAUAAUUUAGUAUGUGUAAGGUAUGUGAAAAUGCUAAACAUUGUACAUAGGACGUAAAAUAAUUCUCAACAAAAAAAAAAAUUAUCCGUGCAUUUGAGGUACACCAACAGCUGAACGUAGAGCGCAUCAGUAACAAACAAGAAACCGCUGAAUGUGGCCAACAGCAAAGCAGUGUUGGAAGUGAAGGUACUGGUCGAAAUGCAAUGGACUGGCUAAAUCUGUAUAGAAAUGGCUUUAGUUUCAUCCAGCGGGUAUGCUCGGAUCGGAUGAUGAUCGGUUGGAGAGGUAUAUACAUACAUACAGUCGAACACACAUACGUAGCCAUACGGGGCGUGGAGGAUGGAGCACGUCGAUAACGUAACAUAUGCCAUCACGCCAGUUAGCAGCAGCAGCUUAAGACAAAACGGGCUAGAGGAAAACAUUAAGCAAAUCAGCUAACGCAAACAGCCAUACAGCCAGACAGGCCAAACUCUCUGAACACACGAAACACUUACACAGAACACGUACACGUGGCACACUACACGAGCGAAAGCGAAAGGGCCUGUAGUACAGGAGAUAAUGCACUAAACAAAGCCGCGGAUUUAUAAAGCGAACUUAGAACGCAACAAGCCACAGAGUGCUGCUCGUAUUACACUUACUGUAUCUCCUGUCGUUGGGUAUGGUUUUUGCUAAUACAGUUUUGUAACGUAACCCCUUCUUAAGUAGAUUGCGUGUGCGUGCGGAGUGUCAUAGUGCUGUACGAUUUUUGUUGAAUUGCAGAUACAAUACGAUUGCUCGGUGUUUGAUUUAAUUUUUACAUGCUGCGUCCCCCCCGCUGUUUAGUUGUCGUUUUUUCCAUAUAAUGACGUAUGCAAGACGCGAUGAAAAAUGUUGUUAACGUUAAACUUAUUGUUAAUUAUAAAAUUCAAUGCAAAGAAAAACCAAAACCAAGAACAAAAAAGAAAAACAAAUUGAUGAAUAUAAUAA